GUCCCACACGGCGGAGAGUGGUCGGAACCCUCUCGCGUCUUCUUCCCUUUCCCCUUCCCCUCCCAGAAAAGCCUGGGACCCGGCACCCGGGCAGUCUCUCGGCCGCUGCGGGUACAGAGUCCAGACCGCUUCCAGGGCGGAAUCUCACAUUCCUUACAUCCCUGCCCUGGGUUUGCAGCCGGUCCCUCUUCACAGGCUUCGCACACCGGAAAGCCUUCUCCAAGCCAGAACGCAGAGGAAAUUGAGGACUGGGAAGGAGGGAGCUGGAGAAGGAGCAGAAAGCUGAGAGGGAGUGCUCCCGAUUGUGACAUCACAUCCAUCCCCUUGGCGAUGGAGCUUGUUACUAGGAGGGAAGACUCAGUCGGAGAAUAGCCAACAAGAUGGGUUACUGGGAGCGUCUCCUGAGUGGCACUGAGUGGAGGCAUCAGGGGGUCGGAGCCUUGUGAACAGGGAACCUGCCCCCCAACACUUGGAAGGACCUGGGUUUCAGUGAUGAGACAUGGGGUAUGAUGUAACCCGUUUCCAGGGGGAUGUUGACGAAGACCUUAUCUGUCCUAUUUGCAGUGGAGUCUUGGAGGAGCCAGUCCAGGCCCCUCACUGUGAGCAUGCUUUCUGCAAUGCCUGCAUCACCCAGUGGUUCUCUCAGCAGCAGACGUGUCCGGUGGACCGGAGCGUUGUAACGGUCGCCCACCUGCGCCCAGUACCUCGGAUCAUGCGGAACAUGCUGUCAAAGCUGCAGAUUGCCUGCGACAACGCUGUGUUCGGCUGCAGUGCUAUCGUCCGGCUUGACAACCUCAUGUCUCACCUCAGUGACUGUGAGCACAACCCCAAACGGCCUGUGACCUGUGAACAGGGCUGCGGCCUGGAGAUGCCCAAAGAUGAGCUGCCAAACCACAACUGCAUUAAGCACCUGCGCUCAGUGGUACAGCAGCAGCAGACACGGAUUGCAGAGCUGGAGAAGACCUCAGCGGAACACAAACACCAGCUGGCGGAGCAGAAGCGAGACAUUCAGCUGCUCAAGGCGUACAUGCGUGCAAUUCGCAGUGUCAAUCCCAACCUUCAGAACCUGGAAGAGACCAUUGAGUACAAUGAGAUUCUAGAGUGGGUGAACUCCCUGCAGCCUGCACGAGUGACCCGCUGGGGCGGCAUGAUCUCCACCCCUGACGCUGUGCUCCAGGCUGUCAUCAAGCGCUCCCUGGUGGAGAGUGGCUGUCCUGCCUCUAUUGUCAAUGAGCUGAUUGAAAACGCCCACGAGCGGAGCUGGCCCCAGGGUCUGGCUACAUUAGAGACAAGACAGAUGAACCGGCGUUACUAUGAGAACUACGUGGCCAAGCGCAUCCCUGGCAAGCAGGCUGUUGUCGUGAUGGCCUGUGAGAACCAGCACAUGGGUGACGACAUGGUGCAGGAGCCUGGGCUUGUCAUGAUCUUUGCGCAUGGCGUGGAAGAGAUAUAGAUCUUGACGGGCUCUCUGGAAGAGAUGAAAAUCUGAAGAUCCUGUCACUCCAGCAGCAGGGCCCCAAGUCCUCCCCACUUUCCUUAAUACCGUGGCUUACCCUGGAGCCACACGUGUCCCAGCUGUGCCACCACUGAAGGGGGCCGCAGGGCACUCUGCCUAGCCUUUCAGGUGGGAAACCCAGAUUCCCUCCUUUUGUCUAAUUUCUUCCCCCAAGAUGUCUGUAAAUUUUCCACCUGAUUGGGAAAGUCCCCAUCUCUAUUUCUGUUUUCCUGCCUAGGGUCCCUGGUUCCAGAUAUUUUCAGAAAGCACAAAGAUACUCAUUUUUGAUAGAGGAUCAGGAUGGAGUGAGGAAUCGCUAACUGUUCCCUUCCUCCAAAACCUGGGAAUCCAGAUGAGGCAGGUCUGUUGACUCUGAACAGCACUUAGAGGGCAGCUGUGGGGAGCAGACAUCCUGAAGACAUGGUAGAGUGGAACAAAAGCCUAGAAAUAAAUAAUGAGGCCAGUAGGCCAUCGCUGGCGGCCCUUAAGAGAAGACUGGACCUCGGUGCCAAGCAAUACCCCCAGGCCACUUAAAGGUGUGGGCUCCUGCCAGGCCUGCGGGUGUACAGUUGGGGAUGCCGAAUGUUUUCAGAUGAGCUCUUCUUUCCUACACUUUCUCACGGUUAGGCAACGACAGGGUUGGGGGUGAGGGCUUAGUCUCCUGGGGUGAAUGUGCUCAGCAAGAAGCAAGUUGCUGGCUUCUGCUGCAGUUGGGUGGGUGCUGCAUCUGUGGCACGGGCCAUAAUAGCCCCCUAAACCCCUCGCCAGUCCUGUGAUUGUAACUAGUUAUUUUGAUAACUUUCUUUCACUCUUUCCCUCCCACUUUUUUUUUUUUUUUUUUUCAAAGAAAGGCCUUAUUAUGGCUACCCCACUUUUCUAGCCCAGCCAUGUUGUUGGCAAUUUAAUUUAUUUACCUUUUUUUUUUUUUUUUUAAGAAAGGAAAAAGAAAAAAAAAUUAACAAAACAGAAAACUUUUCUUUUGCUGUUACUGUUGUGGGGAUUUUUGGAUAGGGUGGGACAGGGCUGAGGUCUUUUAUAUUUUUCCUUUUCAGCACAACCUUUGGCUUUAAUAUAGGAAGGGCCAUGGGAGCCCCUGGCUGAACUGAAGCCUGCCCCAAGCCUCCAUAACCCGUCUAGGAUGAGGCGCUUCCUCUAUUCCAGUGAUGGAUAUGACCGUCCAGCAUCACUGACUGUGCCCUAGAGAAUUGUGCUCCCAGCCUCUCCAGGGUCUCAUGGUAAAACUCUGAAUUUAAUUUUGAAGAAAUCCUACCCGCCACCAGCCCUACCCCAACACCCAGUUUCCUUGCAGAUAUAUAGCUGGGUUCUAAGCUUCACCAGGUAAGACGGGAUGGAAAUCCUGUCACUGAGUACAGGCUGUGCUGUCUCACCCAUACCCGCCAUGGGCUUCAGCUCCAUUUCAAGCUGCCCAGGGCAUUCCUUCAUCCCUGGGGUGACCAGCAGAGUAAGAGAAGGGGAGGGGUAGUGGGUGUGAUUAUCUUAAUAUGCAGGUGAGAGAGGGGCUAGAGGAAGAUGGCCAUAGGACAGCUUGGACUUUUAUCCCAGGCCAGCUUGCUGUAGGUCUGGAUAGUUGGGUCAUGGCUGCACUGGGACUAUGGGGAAGAGAGGGACACAGCUUGAAGGCGGUGAGGAACGGUCGUAUGUUCCAGCUCCGGGACGUUGUGCUCAGGAAUUUGAAAACGCUGCUAUACUUAGUCUGGUUACUACACUUCUUCCACUCCCCUCUGCCCCUGCCUGCCUUACCCAGGCCCAUAACCCUCCUGUUAUCACCUUCAGAUGGAGCCAGGAAGCUCAGUUAAGGCUCCCCUACCCUUUGCACUAGUGUCUCUGCAGGUCGCUGGUUGUGUUAUACAUGUGCUGUUUCAUGGUAUUGACUGCACUAAUAAUAAAUCUUUCACUUGGCUCUCUCAAUUCUUAA